AUGGCCACUUCCAACUCCCCAGACACCGCCGCAAUAACGCAGCACACAGAUUACGACCCCACGACGGCCCAGCGCAUCUCCUACCGCGCAGUGCCCCAGCAGCCCCCGACGAUCCACGACCCAGACCCUUCGUGGCCAUCCGCCUUCGCAGUGCUCGAGUCCCGCAUCCGGCGCGCACUGGGGGCCCGCGCCCUGUAUGUCGCCCACGUGGGGAGCACCUCCGUCCCCGGGCUGCCGGCGAAGCCCGUCAUCGACGUCGACGUCGUGGUGGCCGACCCGGCCGACGAGGCGGCGUACGUCGGGCUGCUGGUGGGCGAGGGUUGGGAUGAGUCCCAGGGCACGGGGUUCGGGCCUGAGGGCGGGGACAGGGGCGCCGGGCUGCAGUUCAUCCUGCGCGAGCCCGCGUGGCUUCAGCACCGGUUCUUUGUCUGCGCCGAUCCGGUCGCCAACGUGCAUGUCUUUGGGCCCGGGAGUCCUGAGGUCGUGAGGCAUCGGAUCUUUAGGGACUGGCUUGUCGAGCACCCCGAGGACCGCGACAGGUAUGCCGCGGUCAAGCGUGAGGCAGCCGCCGCGAGCCGCGAGGCCGGAGAGAAAGUCCAAGACUACAACUUGAGGAAGGAAUUCGUCAUCAGGGAGAUUCUGGACCGCGCUUUCAGGGCUGAGGGGCUGUUGCAGUGA